AAAGAGCUAGGCUAUGGAAAACCCUUUAGAAAACACUAAUCAAAUCAGAAACCGCGGCCAAAGGUUCAAUGUUGUACAAAAAGUGAAGAACAACUUACUUUUCAGAUCAAAGUGGGCGGAGAUAAAUGGUGCAAUGGGGGAUCUAGGCACUUACAUUCCUAUAAUAUUGGCUUUGACACUAGCCAAGGACCUGAAUCUUGGUACCACGCUGAUAUUCACUGGUGUAUACAACUUUGUCACAGGUGCAAUCUAUGGUGUCCCCAUGCCAGUGCAGCCGAUGAAGUCAAUUGCAGCAGUGGCCAUAUCUGAUGUAGAUUUUAAUAUCCCAGAAGUUAUGGCAUCAGGGAUUUGCACUGCAGGGAUUUUACUUGUUCUUGGUGUGACAGGCUUGAUGCAACUUGUGUAUAAGCUUAUUCCAAUUUCAAUUGUCAGAGGAAUUCAGCUAGCACAAGGCUUAUCAUUUGCCAUGACUGCGGUCAAGUACAUAAGAAAAAUACAAAACUUAUCUAAAUCAAAGUCUGGUGCAGACAGGCAUUGGUUAGGCUUGGAUGGAUUGCUCUUGGAUGUUAUUUGUGCUUGUUUCGUUAUAGUUGUUAACGGUGCUGGCGAUGACAAUGAGUAUGCAGCAGAAACUGAGAGUGGUGCCAAUGAUGCCAGUGGAUCAGGAAACAACAGAAGAAAAAGGUUGAGAAAAAUCAUAACUUCUCUGCCUUCUGCUUUCAUCAUCUUUUUGUUAGGUGUGGUUUUGGCAAUUAUUAGAGGGCCUAAAAUAGUCAAAGGAUUUAAAUUUGGACCAUCUCCUAUUGAAGUUGUGAAAAUGUCUAAGCAUGCAUGGAAGGAAGGAUUCAUUAAGGGCACAAUUCCUCAACUUCCACUAUCAAUUCUAAAUUCAGUGAUUGCUGUCUGUAAAUUGUCGACUGAUCUUUUUCCAGAGAAGGACAUCUCAGCCACGUCUGUUUCAGUUACUGUUGGAAUGAUGAACUUAAUAGGAUGUUGGUUUGGAGCCAUGCCAUGCUGCCACGGUGCAGGAGGGCUAGCUGGACAGUAUAAAUUUGGUGGGAGGAGUGGUGGAUGUGUGGCCCUCCUUGGUUUAGCCAAGUUGGUUUUGGGUUUAGUUUUAGGUAGCUCUCUAAUGAAGAUUUUGGACCAAUUUCCUGUUGGUGUCCUAGGGGUUCUGUUAUUGUUUGCAGGGAUUGAACUUGCUAUUUGCUCAAGGGACAUGAACUCGAAGGAAGAUGCAUUUGUCAUGCUGAUUUGCACUGCUGUUUCACUGGUAGGCUCUAGUGCAGCACUCGGUUUCCUGUGUGGAAUUGUUGUUUAUUUGCUUCUCAGGCUAAGAAAACUGUAUGGUGGUCAGUCUUCUUCUGCAAUUUGCUUUCAUGGUAACCCAUAAUUGAGGUCUCAAUGUAUGAAUCCAGGAAAGCUUUCCAAGCUUUGCCUAAGA